CAAACACAGGUCAGUUUGUACUGAGCUGAAAACACGGAGCACAUGGUGCUGUUGCUUCACAUCUUUUGAUAUCGUGUUUUGUAUCGGACGAUCUCCAGCGACUUGAACAUGAAGAAGUUCCAGGUUCUGUUCGUGCUCCUCCUGUCGACCGCGGCUGUCGACGCUCAGUCCCUCCACCUCGGCGGCUGUCCUCAGCCGUCUGUUCAAGAGGACUUCAACGUCACGGAGUACAUGGGAACCUGGUACGAGAUAGAGAAGCUCCCAGCUCUGUUUGAGAAAGGGAAAUGUGUCCAGGCCACUUAUUCUCCUCUCGCUGACGGGACAGUCAGAGUUCACAAUGCAGAGUUGCUGUCUAAUGGGAAGAUCAACUCCAUUGAAGGUGUUGCCAGAGUUAAAGACCCGUCUCAACCUGCCAAGCUGGGGGUCAGCUUCUUUAAAGGUGUUCCAGAUGGUCCGUACUGGGUUCUCUCCACAGACUACCAGUCCUACUCUCUGGUCUACUCCUGCUCAGACUUACUCCGUCUUUUCCACGUUGACUUUGCCUGGAUCCUGGCUCGCACCCGGGAGCUGCCGGAGGACCUGGUCAGCCGACUCCACGAUGAUCUGACUGCUGCUGGUGUCGACGUGAACAGACUGAAGGUUACAAACCAGACUGGUUGUGAUGUCAUGACCUGAAGCAGGAUCAGAACAAAAGGGGACAAGAACGUCCUCUUACAGAAAUGUGAAUCUUAUUCUUUAAGCACUGCUGUAUAUGUUUAUGUUUAUUCCAUUUAAAAUCAUCGUAUUUAUCAUGUAAAUCCUUAACAUCAACAACAACAUGUCCUUCAUGUGGCGCAGGAAAUGAUUCCUGACAAUCCUGUGUCUCUGUGCGAGAGCCACAAGAAUCUCAUUGUGUGACAUGCAAGUGAGAAUAAAACUUGAAAAUAGCUUUGGUAAAAUUUGG